AUGGGGAAAGCAAAGCCAGAGACAUUCAGAAGUGGCUUAACACACUUCAGUCAAGCUGUAAUGACCCUGACCGUCCCCGUGCAAGGCCUGGGCGAUUCGGGCAGCUUUGAGUUGGUCCACAAGGUCAAUUUCAACCUGCCCAAUGACUCGGUUUCUUGGGCGCGGAACUACCCCAACUCUUCUCCUUCCGACCGCAAUGCUCUAUACAGCCGCCUGGAAACGUUCCUGGACAGCCUGGGCUACGACGGCCAUGUCUGCACGCUGAGGACGCUGUGCGAGGUAGCGGAGUCGCCCUUCGACCACGGCCUCUACGGGGAGGUCGUCAACCUUGUCCUGUCGGCGUCCCGCAGCGCCGACCAGAACGACUUGUACGACGAAUAUAUGACAGCCGAGUACUACGGCUCGACCUACGGCGACUGCGGCGACAUCUACACCGGCUGCCCCCACUCCGUGCUGGACGCCGUGUCCAGGAUGUUCUGAGGGAGAGCCGCUCCGACAAUGCUCGCUGAAUUGUUUGAUCAUGUGUUGAUUCAUUAGCUCUUAGGUUUUGUAAAGUUAACAUAAACAUGUGCGUGUGUGUAUAUAUAUAUGCAUGUAUAUAUAUAAUAAUUAUUUGAUUAUUUAUUGUACAGUCUAUUUAUUUGUAUAGUUGUUCAAACAAAUCUGGUAAAAGACAUUUUCCGUAUGAAAGGCAUAAUCAUUCUGAUCUCUGCUUGU